GAGAGACUGUCAGUUCACACCCUCCCGCGUGCUGUCGCAGAUGUCUGAAGCUACUCGUGCGUGUGUUUGCGGGUCCGUGUGCGGGUGACACACGCAUGAGAGCCGCCGUGUGUGCGCGUGACACCCCCGACCCAGCGCGGGGAGAGCGUGAGGACCGCGGUUACCGUGACGACGAGGAUGGGCUGCAAUCUGUGUAGUUUCCAGAAGAGAGAAGAGCAUUACAAACUCCUGUACGAGAUCUCCCAGGUGAACGGGAGGGAUCUGUCGCGGGCGAGUCAUGAAGAAGCUGUCCAAGCGUUCCGGAGCGCUAAAGACCCGAUCGUGGUGCAGGUGCUCAGACAGUCAUCUCUCGUCCGGGGUCAAGGGUCAUCAGGAGGCGUACAGGUGGUGGGCGUGUGCACACAGACGGAAAUCACGUUUGAGCACAUCAUGGCAUUGGCCAAACUCCACCCUACAACGCCACCCGUGCCCGAUAUCUGCCCGUUCCUCCUAUCAGACAGUUGUCACUCUCUGCCCACUCUGGAUCAGGAGUACAUGGAGGGCAGCGGGUAUUUGUCCACACUGGCAGCAGACGCGGAGAGGACCGAAGACUUUGAGUAUGAGGAAGUGGAAUUAUGUCGAGUGAACAGUCAAGAGAAACUCGGCCUCACGCUGUGUUACCGGACAGACGAUGAGGAAGACGUCGCCAUAUACGUCAGUGAGAUUGAGCCGAACAGCAUCGCUGCUCGAGAUGGUCGAAUCCAAGAAGGCGACCGUAUUUUACAGAUUAAUGGUCAGGAUGUUCAGGACAAACAGGAAGCAGUAUCUGUUCUGUCUAAUGAAGAAUGCAGGAAUAUUGUGCUGCUGCUCGCCAGACCAGAAAUACAGGAGGAGCCGUGGCUGGACGAUGAACACAGCGAGUUCUUAGAGGAGCUGAAGAUGCAGAUGUUGGAUGAACAGAGGAGAGAAGAAGAGGAGGAGAUGGAGAGAGCAGAGGAAGAGGAGGCCAGAAGAAUGCAUGAAGAUAACAUCACUGCUUCCUGUUCCUACAAUCAUGAGAAGUUGUUGGGUCAGACGGACUUGUCAGGGGAAACUUCUGAGAAGAACGUUCUUGCUAAGAUCCAAAAGAGACUGUCACGGUGUCUGCGUCAGCGGCGAGAGGCUACGGGUCAGAAUCGGGACAGCCCAGCAUCAUCGCAUCAGUCUGGAGACGGACUGGACCAUGAUGCUCCUGAAGGAGACUGUUAUCAACAGCUGCUGGAGCUUAAGUAUCAGAUCCGCAACAGCGGCGAGUACGACCUCCUGUACACCCGCAGCAGCACCAUCGAAUGCAGCCUGACGGAGCAGCGUAGCGGCGUAGAACACGAGCUGCGGCUGCUCAACGAGGAACUGCACAGCAUCGAGCUGGAGUGUCAGAACAUCAUGCAAGCGCAUCAACUGGGCAAGCGAGACCAGCUGCAACAGGGACCCCACAGCCCUCGCCACGGACCACGCGGCGGAAAGUUGCCGGACAUCAGCGAGCAUCCCGAGAAGUCAGACAAGGACAGUUCGAGCGCGUACAACACGGCGGAGAGCUCUCGCAGCACGCCGCUCGCUAUGGACCGCUCUCCAGAACACUCUAUGCAGAGGUUGGUCAACCUCACCAAUCAGAAGAACCUCAAAACUAGUUUCCUCGCCGGCCACGGAUCACCACCUGUUAGGAGUGCGCCGAGUGGGAGUCCUGACCACAGCAACCCCUCAGAGUCCGACCAAACACCUCCUCCAGAAGACGAAAGCUCUCCGAGGAAAACGAUUCACUCAAGGAUCCCAUGCUUACCUCCACGUCACCAGCAAGCGGACGUCUCGGCACCUUCGCGACAUUACCAGAGCUACAUACAUCUGAUCCAGCAACAGUCUUCCUUGGAAUACGCUCACAGUCAGCUCGGUCUUCUGGGAAUGAGCGGCCAGCCUUCGGAACCCAAGAUGGAGUGGAAGGUCAAGGUAAGAAGCGAUGGGACGAGGUACAUCACCAAACGGCCAGUCCGAGACCGACUGCUCCGGGAGCGAGCGCUCAAAAUCAAGGAGGAACGCAGCGGAGGUAUGACGACUGAUGAUGACGCUAUGAGCGAGAUGAAAAUGGGACGCUACUGGAGCAAAGAAGAGCGUAAACAACAGCUUGUACGAGCCAAAGAACAGCGGUUGCGACGUGAGUUCAUGCAGCGGAGUCGCUUGGAAAGCCUGCGCGAGAAUCCGCAGAGCGGCGGAGAGGGACGCAAGGAGGUUAGCAUCAUCGAACUCAGUCGUCGUAAGAUGAUGAAGAAGCGAAACAAGAAGAUUCUGGACAACUGGAUGACAAUUCAGGAGUUGAUGACGCACGGAGCGAAAGUGCCCGAAGCAUCCAAAGUUCACAACGCCUUCCUCUCGGUUACGACUGUAUAG